UGUGUGUCGUCGUAUAAUUUUUACUAUAUACAUGAUGAUGAUGGAUGAUAAGUACCGGCAGUACCAACGUGUGUUCGAGUACUUUGACGAGAACGGCGACGGGAAGGUGUCGGCGGCGGAGGUCCAGCAGCGAAUGGGCGGCGCUGUGUGGUUAGAGGAAGAGGAAGCGGAAGAGGGGUUGAGCUUUGAGGAGUUUGUGAGGAUUGUGGAGGAAGAAGGGAGCGAGGAAGAGAAGGAUAAGGAGUUGAAGGAGGCGUUUAGGAUGUACGAGAUGGAGGGGUGCGGCGCCAUAACGGCGGAGAGUUUGCAGAGAAUGCUGGGGAAAUUGGGGGAGGAGAGGUCCAUUCAUGAAUGCAAGAAGAUGAUUGCUUGCUACGAUCUCAAUGGGGAUGGGCUCCUCUGUUUCGAUGAGUUUAAGGUUAUGAUGAUCACCACUUGAUUCUACCUACUUUAAUUAGUUUGUGUAGUCUUUCUUGGCCAUGUUAAUUGGAUUCUAUACCCUUUA